GUUUCCUAAAAUAUUGUUAAAAUACAUUUUUUUAAAUUAAAUUUUUUUUUCCUUUUGUGAAAUUAAACCAAUUAAAUGUGCGACCUGCCGGAUUUUAUUGCAAUGAUUCUUGUAAGAGGUCCACCCACAACCAGUAAAACAUUUGGACUAACUAGUAGGUCUUACCAAAGCCAAGGAAGCAACUUUUCCUAUCCUGCUGUUACCUGAUUGUUUGUGGAGGCGGUCUCUUGCACUGUAGCUACGGGGCGGGGCUGUGUUGCCAAGGGGUGUGGCAACACAAUUCAAUUCUUUAUUAAACUUUAUUUAACUGAAUUCUACAAUUAACGUGCUCUGUAUAUAAGCCAAACCAAUACACUUGGUAGCUAACAUCCAGUAAUAUUUGAUAACAGUUAUUGGAAAACUUCACUGUCAUUUCAAAGGGCAAAUGCCAUGAGGUGAGGUUUCCUGUUUUUGUAGGCUGGUAUAACCCCGGACCAGGGUGAGACAGAGAUGUCAUUGGAAUUUCACAUACAUUUUGUGUGUUUUAAAGUGGUCUGUCCCCAUACCAGAACAUCCUCAAGAUGACCUUUUAACCUCAGAUCACCUCAUUCCAGUCCAUUCAUCAUUCAGCUCGUAAAUCAUAUUUCUCCCAGACUAAGUCUGACACUCCACAUACUUACACUGGUGUGCUUGCAUUGCCCUUGGCUGAAAACUGGCCGCACCCAGGAAAACGCUGGAAUUUUUGGCCCAAACCAACAGGCAGACUGAACAUCUGGGACGCACAUGUUCUUCAUUCGUUUGCCACUCUAUUGGCAGAAGAAAAAUUAAACGUGCUUUCAGCGCUUUUUCAGUAACAAAACGGCAGCUUUUCGAGGAGAGACUGUGUGGGUACAUUUGCUGAGAGUUUGUGCUCACUUGAGUAAAUGCCUGAGGUUUAAAGCUUUAUGAAAGAAAAUUCCCUGCUUCUUGUGCACUGACGAGUAGUCCUCUGUGGUACUGUAUCCUUUGUUUUACAGACCUGAGCGUGGUACAUUUUUCACGCUCACACGGGAUGGCCUUGGUCUGCAGCCAUCCCCUGUAUCACCCCUGGGCUGUCCAAAUUUGCUCACUUCAUCACAGCUUUGUUUUCACAAGCUGCAAAACAUGCUCUCGUUCUACUAACAGAACUCACCCUGAAAAAUCUCUUGUAGUUCACCUUGUUGAUCCCCUUUAUGAAUUGAAAAGCCCCAAUCUAAUCACCCCCGAGUCUCCUUUUACUAAGCUUGAAGAGGUUAAGCAUCUUAAGUCUUUUCUCAUAGCUUUUAUCUUUCAUACCUGGAAUUUGAACCUUUUCCAGAGCCUCUAUCUUUCUUGUAGUACCAGGCUACAUUUAGUUGAAAAGUAAAAGUUGUUCAGCCGACUUGGUCAUAGCCAGUCUAUAUCCGGGUAAAACCUGAGCAAUAUUGGGGUUAACCAAGUCCAUUUGUACCAAAAAUAGACGGAGUGUAGCACAGUGGGUAAGGAACUGGGCUUGUAACCGAAAGGUCGCAGGUUCGAUUCCCAGGUAAGGACACUGCCGUUGUACCCUUGAGCAAGGUACUUAACUGGAAUUGCUUCAGUAUAUAUCCAGCUGUAUAAAUGGAUACAAUGUAAAAUGCUAUGUAAAAGUUGUGUAAGUCGCUCUGGAUAAGAGUGUCUGCUAAAUGCCUGUAAUGCAAUGUAAUGUAAAAAAUCUCUCAUCCUAGUCUCCCACUCCUCUAGACCUCUUGAUUCUAGCUUUUUCUCACUGGGUUCAGGAAAGUCUUGCUCAAGUGCUGUCCUCUUAUAACAAAACAUCCAGGUCAUAAAAAAGUAGUUCUGCAUAUCAGCAUAAAAUCUCAGAAUCCACCAUUUAUACAGGGCAAAUGUCUGUAAAUUAUAAUUUUACUCAGAAUAACUCUUCCAUUUCAGUUAAAAAAAAAACUUAAUCUAUUCAGUUUUGUGAUAGUUUGCUCCACCCCUUUGGAAAGGGGAUAGUUAUGCUUCUCCCUGCCAGAUGAUUUCUAAGGAACUGGUGGCAAAAAGGAGUGGGGUUUUUCGCAAGGGAAAUUCCACAUUAUUUAUUGACUGAGUUUGAGUAUAUAUAGGUAAUAUGAAAUAAUGGGGAGGACUGAAAAGUUACUGCCUGAUUUGUCAGUAAGACAAGGAAAACUUUCCCUGAACAACUUCACUUAAUAUCUAGAAUGGACUUCUAUAGUGGGAACCAGAGGAUUAAUAUUGCCAGGAUUUUCAGUUCCUCAGCAUCUCUCUUCAUUUGUUAUUCAAUAUUAGCCAUGCUGAUAAGAGUAGAUGGGUGGACCUGUCACUACUCCAAUAAAACCAUGAAUUGGAUGAAAGCACGAGAGUGGUGCAAAGAACACUACACUGAAAUAGUUGCCAUUGAAAACCGGGAGGAAAACGUCAAACUCAACGACUAUUUGCCACGACAAGGCAACAACUACUGGAUUGGGAUCCGAAAAAUCACUGGCGUGUGGACCUGGGUCAGAAACAAUAAAUCGCUUGAGCAAGGGACGGCCAACUGGGCCACAGACGAGCCGAACAAUACAAAUGGUAACGAGGACUGCGUGGAGUUUUACGUCAAAUACAAAGAAAACGGGAAAUGGAACGACGAGAAUUGCUUACAGGAAAAAACAGCCUUGUGUUACAAAGCAUACUGUCGUCCGGGCUCAUGCAGCGGCAAUGGUAAAUGUGUGGAAAUUCUCAAUAAUCAUACGUGCGAGUGUCACCAAGGAUUCUACGGCGUGCACUGUGAAAACGUUCAGUGCAGAGAGCUGGUCUCCCCUGCGCGUGGCUCUAUGAGCUGUACACAUCCUCUGGGCAACUUCAGGCGGACGGCAGAGUGUGAGUUCCACUGUGAGGAGGGGUACAGGCUGACGACGUCCAGCAAGCUCCGGUGUGAAUUAGGCGGACAGUGGACUGACAGCCAGCCACAAUGUGAGGCUAUAGACUGUGAGGAGCUGAACCAUCCCAGUCAUGGUUUCAUCAAUUGCUUCCAUCCGUUCGGAAAUUACUCUUACCGCUCAGAGUGCCAGUUCAGUUGUGAAGAUGGGUAUCAGCUGGUUGGUUCCAGAACAAUCCAAUGCACAGCCUCAAGGGAGUGGUCAGCUGCACCACCUCACUGUAAAGCUCAUCUAGACCCUGUUAUUGUUGUCUUGGUUGCUGUGUUAGUGGCUGGAGGACUAAGCAUUCCGUUAAUCGUCAGACAUCAGAGGAAUAAAGUUAAAAAGUAUCGCCUGGAUGGUGGUAUGUCUGGUGAUAAUCCUCCACAGGUUUAUAGGAACAGUACUUAGUCUCACUUAAUGUCUGUCUCACACACAGUUAUCCUGCAGAACAGGACAGGAAGGAUGAGCAAACAGACCACACCCAUUCACCAUUCCAUCUGAGCAUGCUCACCUGGCAGUGAAACACAAAGCUAGAUUACUUUAUAAACUAGAUUGGCAUAAUGUUGCAUGUUGGGACAUACAGUAGAACAAAAGCAUCAACGUCAUUUACCAUUUCUCACAUUUCCCAUCCUGUGGGAAGUGUUAUCUCUAAUUAAGAACAGAUUUUUCUUGGGUCUGGAUGAAAUUAAUUACUUUUUCCAUUCUACUCAUUGUUCAGUCAGUUGGCAAACUCUAACCCUUAGAAAACUUUGAAACAAUUAAUGUUUUAUUGCCAUUGACAAGAUGUAUUUUAGUUUACCUUGUGUAACAUGAAUUGUAUUUUUUUUUAAUGUAUUUUUUAAUAAAGUGAAUAACCAUAA